GUCAUUCGACGAAAGCAAAUUUUUGUGGCGACAAUUUCGAUCGUUGCGGUGUUUAAUCGUGCGGAUUUCAUUUUUUGAGAUUUUUCCUUCAGAUUUCGGUUUGUUGCAUCGAAGCUAGUUGUGCAUAGAAUAGCCGGAAAAGUGAUAAAAGUGAAUCAACUGUAUUCCCGUGCAGAACAAGGCAACAAUCGACAUGUCUCGUGGACCGGGUCCGAUUCCCAAUCGAUGGCUGUACUGUCCACGGAAGUCGGAAUCGCUGAUUGCAGACAAGUUCCUGGCUUUUAAAACUCCGCUGAAGGAUGCUUUCGAGUCGCAGAUGCCGAUAGAGUGUUGCUUCACACCCGAAAUGCUGUUCCAGGUGAUGAAAACCUACAAGGUUAAAAUCGGCCUAUGGAUUGAUCUGACCAACACAAACCGGUUCUACGAUCGGAGGGAAAUCGAAGACAAUGAUUGUCAGUACGUGAAACUGCAGUGCCGUGGCCACGGAGAAACACCCACAGUUGAGCAGACGAGAGCAUUCAUAGAAAUCGUCGAGGAGUUCAACCGCGAUCACCCGCUGGAUGUGGUAGGCGUCCACUGCACACAUGGCUUCAACCGAACCGGUUUCCUGAUCGUGUCCUACAUGGUGGAGAAGCAGGAUUGUGCCGUAGAAGCCGCCAUUGCUGCCUUUGCGAAAGCUCGCCCUCCCGGCAUCUACAAGGAAGACUACAUCCGAGAGCUGUUUCGGCGCUACGAGGACGAGGAAGAUGCUUUUCCGGCACCACCACUGCCAGAUUGGUGCUUCGAUCAAGGGGACGGUUCUAGUAAUGGUCAUUCUGUUCCGGCUGAUGAGUUGGAUGACUCACACAAUCAAGAGGAGGCGGAUGACAACGACGAUGCAGUAGUAAGUGCUGGAACGAAACGCAGCCUCGAUGGUGAAGGCAGCAGUGCGGAUGAUUCAGCCGGUGGAAGCAGGCGUAAAAAGACGAAGAAAGAGUUUAUCAAAAAGAAUGCUCGAUUUAUGGAGGGAGUUCCAGGUGUAACGCUGGUCAGUGAUCAGCCUCGACUAGGGAAUCUGCAAAAGAUGGUUCAAGACAUGUGCGGUUGGAAGUCUACUGGAUUUCCUGGUUGUCAACCGGUGUCCAUGGAUAACACAAACCUAAGCCUAUUACAGGCGAAACCGUACAAGGUUUCCUGGAAAGCGGACGGCACACGAUACAUGAUGUUGAUCGUGAAGAAAGACGAAGUAUACUUCUUCGACCGUGACAACUCCUGCUUUGCCGUGUCAGGCAUUAGUUUUCCUCAGCACCAGAACUUGCACAACCACAUUACCAAUACUCUUCUGGAUGGGGAAAUGGUGAUAGACAAAGUCAAUGGACAAAACAAGCCCCGAUAUCUGGUGUACGAUAUUAUUCGGUAUGAGAAUGAAGACGUGGGCAAGAAACCAUUUGAUCCGGAUCGUAUGAUGUACAUCGAGAGGCGCAUCAUAAGACCCCGUACAGAAGCCAUGAAGCAGGGUAUCAUCGACCAAGCGCGCCAACCAUUCAGCAUACGCAACAAAGGUUUCUGGGACGUAACUCAGGCGCGGGCACUGCUCGGGCCAAAGUUUGCCAAGACGCUUUCGCAUGAUCCGGACGGGCUUAUAUUCCAACCGGCGAAAGAAAAGUAUGUCGCUGGAGCGUGUCCAGAAGUACUUAAGUGGAAACCGUCCACGCUGAAUUCCGUCGACUUUAGGUUGAAGAUUGCAGAGGAAAGCGGAAUGGGAGUGCUACAGAAAAAGAUUGGACUAUUGUAUGUCGGAGGUUUAGAUGCACCUUUUAGUCAAAUGAAACUUACGAAGGAGCUGAGGGAGUUAGACAAUAAGAUUAUAGAAUGCAAGUAUGAGAACAAUGCCUGGGUAUUUAUGCGCGAGAGAACCGACAAAUCUUUCCCUAACAGUUUCAACACAGCAAAAAGCGUAUGUUACAGUAUUCAAUAUCCCGUGACUACCGAAAUUUUACUUAACUUCAUCGACGCGAAAAGGUAUCGAGAGCGCCCACCUGUACCAACGGCAUUUCCAGAGUAACGUUCUGGAAACUAGUCCAACCUGUUACACUCAUCGAUUCGUUCAAGACAUCUCUGCUAAAAUAUUAGAUUAAUAUUAAAAAAAUGAAAGAUUUUAAAAACCGA